AUGGAAAACGAUGAUUUCACUCAAGAAGAUUUUACAUUUGAUGAUGAAUCAUCGAAUAAAAAGAAAAAUCCGAAAGGAAAAAAGAAGAAUAAAUCAAGUGGAUUUCAAUCAUUUGGAUUAUCUGCACCUGUAUUCAAAGCGGUAGUGAAACGUGGUUAUAAAGUGCCAACACCAAUUCAACGCAAAGCAAUACCAGUAAUCUUAAAAAAUAGGGAUGUUGUGGCAAUGGCCCGUACUGGUAGUGGAAAAACGGCUGCAUUUCUUAUACCGAUGUUUGAAAAAUUGAAAGGACAUGAUCCAAAUUCUGGCCCACGUGCACUCAUUCUUUCACCAACUCGUGAAUUAGCUUUACAAACACUCAAAUUUUCACUUCAACUUGGGAAAUUUACUGAUCUCAUAGCAACAGCCAUUCUUGGUGGUGAAAAACUUGAAGAACAAUUUAGUAAUUUACAUGCUCAUCCGGAUAUUAUUAUUGCAACACCUGGUCGUUUUAUGCAUUUAUGUAUUGAAAUGGAUCUUAAAUUACAUGAUGUUAAAUAUGUUGUAUUCGAUGAAGCAGAUCGUUUAUUUGAAAUGGGUUUUCAAGAACAGAUAAAUGAUAUUAUCAAACGUUUACCAUCGCAGCGUCAAACUUUGUUAUUCUCUGCUACACUAUCAAAAGUUCUAGCAGAAUUUGCUAAAGCAGGUCUUUAUGAACCGGAAUUAAUUCGUCUUGAUCUUGAAAUGAAAUUAAAUGACAAUUUAAAAUUAUUAUUUUUUCAUUCACGUCAUGAUGAUAAAACUGCGCUACUUCUAUAUGUUCUUCGUUCAGUCAUACCAGUCGAUCAACAAGUUGUUAUUUUUGUUGCUACACGUCAUCAUUGUGAAUAUUUAAGAGAAUUACUCGAACAACAACCGCAACAAGAGUUAUUUUCAGCUGUUACUAUUUAUUCAUCACUUGAUCAUUCAACAAGAAAAAUCAAUCUCGGAAGAUACCAAUCUGGUAAAGUACGAGUAUUAAUUGUAACAGAUAUCGCUGCAAGAGGCAUAGAUAUUCCAUCACUUGAUAAUGUUAUUAAUUAUAAUUUUUCUCCAACACCAAAAUUAUUUCUUCAUCGUGUCGGUCGUGUUGCACGCGCUGGCCGUAUGGGUACAGCAUAUUCAUUCAUUUCGUCGGAUGAACUAUCGUAUUUAUUCGAUGUACAAGAAUUUAUUGGUAAAACACUAAUAUAUGCAUCAAAUGAAUCAAAUGCUGAUGAUUACCAUUUAUUAUUCGGUAAUGUUCCACAAACAAUAAUCGAUGAAGAAUCUGAAACGAUACGAAAAAUAACAGAGAUCAAUGUUGAUUUAAUCAAUUUAUUCAAAGUACAACAAAAUGGAUAUCUACAUUAUGUAAAAUCACGACCACCAUCAUCGUAUGCAUCAAUUAAACAAACGAAACAGUAUUAUAAACAAAUAAUGGACAUGGCUAUACAUCCGAUUUUCAAAGAAAUUUAUAGUAUUGAAGAUUUAACACCUAAUUCACUUAUUAAACAAUUGAAAUCAUUUCGAACCAAGAAUACAAUCUUCGAAGUGAAUCCAUCUGCAAGCAAUGCUGCAUGUGCAAUCAUGAAACGAAAACGAGCUCAUGAUGAUAAACUAAUUCUAAAACAUGGUAAAAAAGAUCAAUCGUUACCAGAAAUUAAUAACGACUCAGAUGAUGACGAUCAGCGAAAAACACUUGAGGUAGAUAAUAUGACCAUAACUAUUCAAGAUCCAAAUGGACCAAAUUAUGAUAGUAUGGAACCAUCACAAAAAAAGAAAAAGAAAAAUCGACGAGAAGUUGAUAAAGAAUUUUUUAUUCCUUAUCAACCACCCGAUUUCCAACGAGAAAAAGGUUUGGAAAUUCAUUCAUUUGAACGUCAAACACAUGACGCUGUUAUCGAUAUGGCCAAUGAUGAUGGUACUCAAAUGAAAGGUCCAACUAUUCAAAAAAAGAAAUGGGAUCGAAGAAAGAAAAAAUUUGUUACUGUUGGUCAAACUGAUGGAAAAACAAAAAAAAUUAAAACAGAAAGUGGCCAAUGGAUUCAGGCGUCGUACAAAACUGAUGUCUACAAAAAAUGGCUUCAUAAAUCAAAGAUUCUUGACAAAGAAUUACCAGAUAGUCGCCGAAAUAAAGCUCAAGAACACGUACAUGAAGAUGAAAUCUCUAGUGCACAAGCUAGGCCGAAACAAUUUCAACAACGAGUACAACAAUUAAUUAGUCGACAAAAAUCCCAAUUGAAAGCUAGAGGCCAACCAAUGCCAAGUCAUUCGGAAUUGAAGAAGCCUGAACAAAUUAUGAAAAAACGUACUGAACAACGUAAACGACAAUCAUUACAACGUGCUCGUCAAAUGCGCAAAGGUAGUCGAACGAAUUACAAAAAUAAAAAACAUAGCAGUAAACCGAAACACGCUCGACGUGUAACUCCGAAUACAAACAAUUCAUCAAAAUCAAAUCGAAAGAAAUAA